AUGUUGUACCAUAUAUUGCUCUUGAUUCAUGUGGCUUUGGCAGUUGUUCCAAAUAUUCCCAAAAUCUCAUCUCAAUUGCUGCCCAACCCACAUUAUUCCUUACCAAACUUAUUGUCAAUAGAUUCAAAAGAAGAAGUUAAUAACUUUGAAAUUUCCAAUAACAUUCAAUUGGAUAAUGGUAGACUAUUAUUGGGAGAGCUAGGUUCAAUUUGGGGAAAGUACAAGAUUCCCACUUUCAACAAGCCAUGGACUAUUGAAUUAAUCUUCAGAUCAACAGGAACAAAAGAAGACAGAAAAUAUGAAGAGAACAGUUUAAACGUGUGGUUUCUCAAUGGAGAUAGCGGUAAUUUACCUUUUGAAACUUUUGAUGGAUUUGAGAUCAGUAUAAGUAAUGAAGGUCAGAUUCCAGGAGUAAAGCUUUACAACAAUGAUGGAGUACAAAGCAUCAUCCAUGAUGCUAGCCAUGCAUUGGGAACUUGUAAAUUCCAAUACUUGGACUCAGAUGUACCUUUCACAUUAAGAGUGUCAUAUGACGCUAACUCGUGGUUUAAGAUUCAGAUGGACAAUAAUUUAUGUUUCAAAACGAAUCAAAUUUCUAUUCCAUUUCAAGAAAUCAAAUUGGGAAUCACAUCCAAAAUAAACCAACAAUCAAAUGAGAAAUUUGAGAUUUUAUCCUUGAAAACAUGGGAAACAUUGACUGGAGAUGCCAUUGAUGACCAUGGAUUAAUGAUUGGCGAUGAAAUCAAAAUCGACGUUGAAACUGAAGUAACGAACGAUAAUCUGGUGAAACCAAAUCACAUUCGUGAAUCUUUAAUGGAAAGAGCACAAAGAUUGAGAAAAGAAGCCAUAGAUUCUGAAAGGCAAAACUUGGAGAAUCAACAUAGCCAGGGACUGGAUUCAAACACCAACACUCAGUUAGACUUGAUUCUUUCUAAGUUGAACUAUUUAGAGGUCUCAUUAACUGGACUUAAUGGUGUGGAAGACGAUGCUCAAAUAACUUCAAUAAAUAAAGAAAUUGCGGGAUUGAACAAUGUGUUCACUGAUUUGAAAUCAACAGUUACAGACACAAAACAAUCAGUAUUAGAUUUACAAAAUGUUUUGGUCAAACAGUACUCGCAAAUGUUGGAUUCAAUAGCGCAAUUAAAUCAGAAAGUCAUUGGUGAAGUUCGAGAACAGCAUUACGGAAUGGAGGAAUUAAGUAGAAAGGUUGAUCUAUUAAUGAAUAACCAUAAAGAAAUUGCCUACCAAUACGAGAAGACUCGACAAGACACACAAGGAGAAACAUCUAAACUGGGCGAUAGUGUCGUUGACAAGUUGUUGAAAUGGAUUUUGUUGCCGUUGGUAUUAAUUCUAUUAGUAUUGGUGAUAUUUGUAUACCGUCUAAGACAUGACAUCAAACAUUCAAAACUCUUAUGA